AUGGGCUCGAUGCCGAGCUGGAAGGAAAGCGCGCACCUUCGCCGCCAGCAACAGUAUGAAACCAUUCCACCGAGCUGGCGGCUGAAAUCCAUACCCACAGAGUUCCGGGAUACUCGCUAUGUCAUCGAGCGCUCCGGGUUACUGACUGCCCGAGAGCUCGAUAUCACAGGCACCAUCGGAGCAGGCAAGAUCCUGCGUAAGUAUGAGGAAGGAGACUGGACGGUCGAGGAGGUGGUGACGGCGUUCUGCAAGCGUGCCGCCAUCGCAACGCAAUUAAUUGGCUGUUGCACGGAGCUGAUGUUUGACGAAGCCAUCGCUCAGGCUCGCGAGUUGGAUCGCUGGUAUGCAGACACGGGCGAGCUGACGGGUCCUUUGCAUGGCAUUCCCAUCAGUCUGAAGGACAACCAUCAGGUUCGCGGUGUCGACACGACGGUGGGCUGGGUGGGCUUGCUAGGUAAACCAGAGGCAGAGGAUGGGUUGCCCGUCCAGCAAUACCGGGCGCUCGGUGCGAUCGUCUACGUCAAAACGAACGUUCCUCAAUCAAUGAUGAUGAGUGAUUCCUACAAUCACGUCUGGGGUCAGAGUCUCAACUCCCUGAGUCGGGCCCUGAUAUCCGGCGGUUCGUCUGGUGGUGAAGGCGCCUUGAUUGGUGCACGAGGCUCACUACUCGGCAUCGGCACAGAUAUCGGCGGCAGCAUUCGAAUCCCCGCGGCACUGCAAGGUCUAUAUGGUCUCUCCCCGUCCAUCGGACGGGUCCCGAACCGCGAAUCCGCCCGCGACCAGAAAUACAUUGUUCGCCCUGUCGCCGGGCCGAUGAGCAACUCACUCUCCUCGAUCGAGCUAUUCAUGGAAGCAUAUUCGACGAUCGAGCCGUGGAAGAUCGACCCUACAAUCCAGCCGAUUCCGUGGCGGUACGAGCUCGCCCUGCAGCCCAAAGACCGCCUGAAGAUCGCAUACAUCGUCGACGAUGGCGUCGUCGCACCACACCCACCGAUCCAACGGGCCGUGCGCGACGUGGUGCGCAAGCUGCGACAGUGCGGCCACGAAGUGGUCGAAUGGGAGUUCGCGUCCUCGCACCGCGCCGCCUACUACGAGCUGUGGGUGAAAGCGGUGCUCGCGGACGGGGGGCAACGGUGCGCCGACCUGUGCAAACUCGUCGACGAGCCCCUCAUCCCGGGGAUGUUGGUCGGCACUCCCGAGACGGCCCUGUCCGCGGACCAGAAGAUGGCGCUGAGCGACGAGAUCUGGGAGUACCAGGCGCAGUACCUCAAAAAGUGGAAGGACAGCGGCAUCGACGCCCUCGUCAUGCCCGUCACGCCCUGGGUCGGCAUGCGGCCCAAGCAGUGGGUCCAGUCCCAGCAGUAUGUCGGGUACACGGCGCUGUGGAACCUGUUGGACUACGCGGUCUUGACGAUGCCCGUGGGCCUCGUCGAUAGUAUGGUUGACGAUCCCGGCAGGGAUGAGGCGUGGAAGGAGUAUGGGAAGAGUCAGACCCGCGGCUUCAGCGAUGAGUUCAAUCACGCCCUGUAUCAGGAGUUGUGGGAUAAAGGCGUCGUGCAGGGCCUGCCGGUCAAUGUUCAGGUGGUCACGGGCCGUCUGGCAGAGGAGAGGGCCUUGGCUAUCGGCAAGGUUUUGGACGCUUUGCCUUGA